CGAACUUUGUGUGACUUUUCUAAAGUUCCGUUGGUUACUCGACAACCAGCUACGGGUACACUAGACUUUUUAUGUCGUAUAUCGAAAAUUGCUUGCACACUGGCUUCACCAGGUACGCGUUGGACCAAAAUAGGUGGUAGACGAUCACGAAACAGGGUUCGGAUAUCUUCCAUCAAGUGAUAUAUAAUAUUGUGAAACAAAACUUUGACUUUGUGUCGUUCUGCCUCUCGAGAUAUGGAUUUUGGGACAGGGACACCGAAAGAGAUAAGAAUUGCAUUUGAGGUUUCGGCUCUCUCGAUAUCGCUUUCCGUGAUAGGGCCUACUGCAGCAUAUAGCACAUGUGUUUGUAAAUCGUCGUUUCUGAGUCCUUUAAAAAAAUCUAUAAUGGCUUCAGCGGAGCCAGUAUCAUCGCACUUUGCAAUAACAUUAAAGUAUUCAGGUUUGUCUUCAGAACUGCUUUUCAAAGUAUCCGAUGAAUUCAAACGUUGUACUUCGAGUUGCUUGUUGUGAGAUUCAGCAAGUUGGUAUAAUUCUUGAGCAUCAUUGCGCCGAGCGACAUUGGCUAAAACUUCUUUGGCUUCGGAUUCAUUUUUCACUUGAAACACAUGGUCACCUGCUUUUGGUAACUCUUUCCAGCCAAGAACUUGCACGGCUUGACCGGGAAAGACUUGCUUGACUCUUUUAUUGUUUACAUCCAUCAAAGAACGUACCUUACCCCACGAACUGUCUGCUACCAAAGACAUUCCUGUAGACAGUGUACCUUGCUUGACAACUAUGGUUGCCAAAGAUCCAACGCCUUUAGCAAUACUAGAUUCCACAACCCAGCCUUCUAGAUGAUCCUUUGGAGAGGAGCGGAUUUCGAGGAUUUCAGCGAGAGUUAGAAUAGCGGCUUCUAACUCAUCAAUGCCAGUGCCGGUUUUCGCAGAUACUGACACUACCUGGGUGUCACCGCCGUAUUCCUCGGCCUGGAUACCAUGAUUCAUGAGUUGCUCGAUAACCUUACGAGGCUGCAGUCCUGGACGGUCGCAUUUGGUAAUUGCUAUAAUAACAGGAGCAUCUGCGGAUUGAAUGUGUUUGAUUGCCUCAACAGUUUGAGGUUUUACACCGUCAUCACCAGCGACGACCAACACGACAAUGUCGGCAAUGUUUGCACCGCGCUUCCGCAUAGCUUCAAAAGCCAUAUGACCAGGAGUAUCGAGAAAUGUAAUUGACUUUGAGCCUUUAUCGAAGGGAACUGUGAAAGCGCCAAUUUUUUGGGUGAUACCGCCAUGUUCUGAAGCGGCUAUAGUAGAUUUUCGUAAAGCAUCUAGUAAAGUGGUUUUUCCAUGAUCUACAUGACCCAUCAAAGUUACGACAGGAGGUCGUAACGGAGCAUUUGCUUGGGAGGUUUUGGCUUUUACGGAAGAUAAGGGAGGAGCGGAAUCCGUGAGUACUUUAAAGCCAUAUUCUUCGGCAAUCAAGCUGGAAUAUUCAGAAGUGAGCAAGUAGUUCGGGGAGACAUUUGCAAAACCGAGACGUGUUAAAUCGCGCAUUAAUCGUUGAGUAGAUACUUGCAGGUGAUUGGAGAGGGUAGAGACGGGGAGAACCGGAGGAAUGAGAAGAGGUCGCAGUUGUUUUUGUUUUCGAGAAGCAAAAGACAAAGGAGUGGGUUUACGUUCGGCACGGAAAGGAGAUGUGUGAAACCGACGUGAUGGAAGAUGGAUAGAGGAAGAGGAUAUGUUGGAAAAAGGAAGCAAUCUAGAUGUUUUUUUAAAUGAGGAAGAGAAGGGGGGUAUAAGCAAAGAAGAGCAGCUACAAGUCGAUGACUUGGGAAUGCAAAUUAAGGAAAAGAAAGAAGCGUGUAUUCUAAUAUUCAUUAUGAAAAUGCGAUAAAAAUACAGAAAGAAAGUUUUGCAAACAUACAAUGGCUACAUAUCCAAAUUCCAACGAACAAAUAUAACAAAUACGCGUAGAAUCCAAAAUGGUGGGUUUGUUUACACAGGUAUGCAGAGGAUGAAGUGAGGAACCCGGUGAACUAAGGAAUUGGUUGUUACCUCUGGAGAAGAAACAAGAACAAACUAGGUACCAUGGUGGAACAGGCAAUGGUUCCAAGCGAAUUGGAAUAUUACUCUAAAUAAUGUUCGAGUAUAAUUCUACCGAGUAUAUAUUUCUACAUUGUAGUAAACAAACAAACGAUACAAAUGGUCACGUUGUGACAACUCGAGUAGUUAUAAAAAUGUAUUUCGUCGUUUCAGUCGGGUUCACUUCUUAAGGACUGUUUUUCUGGUUAAUCAAAAUAUAUGGACAAGCCCAAUUGAAUUAUAUAGUUUAAGUCGAAGGAAACAAAAAGACCGGCUACUGUACUGCACUGUGACAAGGAUAGAAAAAAGAAAAUUAACAAAUAAUUGAAAUAAAAAAACUCACUUCAUUGGCAUAUGUAGGAUUGAUCGCACAAUUUUAUACAUCAAUCUACAAAUGCUAAUCAUACGAUUGCAGAAAUUGGAAAGCUUCAGAAUCAACGUGGAGCUUUCUUUCCUUCUUGUUUUACGAGCAUGGGCUCUUUAUGAAAAGAAGGAACCUGCUAAUCCUCAAUCAUUUUCCAGAUGAGGAAAUAUCAGAUCAAUAGAUACGAUGCGAAAAAAUUUGGAAAACAACAAGUCAGGAAUUCCGUCAAUCAUUUUCAAAUGCUGUAACCAAGAGAAAGUAAAGAAUAAGAACAAACAAACCUAGAACGCUUCGUUUGUCGUUUCCAUGGAACUACCGAAUGUCCGAUUUUUGUAAACAAACACGUUUUUGUCGAAAUUCAUCCAUGUUUUCUGGUCUUCUAUUUUUGGAAAAAAAAAAGGAAAGAGAAAUACGGAGAAAAAUUACAAAUGCUCCUUGCUCCUUUUAUUCUGUUUGUUUUUUAUUUCCUUUGUCGUUUGUUGGUAUCGCACGAUAAGUAAAUUUUAUCAGAUCCGGAGAAUCGCGAAAUCUCCUUAUGUUGUCAGGGUUUCCACUAUUUAACUUAAAUGGAUCAUUUGAUAAACAGAUAAGCAUUUUCUAUUCAAGCUAUAAAUACCUACCUCUACUCUUCAUUCGAAAGUUUUUGUUUGGUCUUCCCUGUUUUAGCAAUUAUUCACCUUGUAAGCUUAAACAAACGCGGUCGUUCAUUAUCAGGUGAAUUUCUCUCGCAGUUCCAUUUUGUGUAGGGUUAUUUCCUUUUUUAUUGAAGUACUUCCUUGUUAUCUGUGUCUCAAUCCUUGUUUUUCUAUGUUUCCUUCCUCUUAUAAUUUUAAAAUUAAUUAGUCAAUUGCUAAUUGCGGUUCUAUUAAGCCCAUUUCCAUUGGACAUAGUAUCGUCAUUAAUUCAUGCCAAUCUUUAGUGGGUUUCCUCCUUUAUUUAUUUUGUUUUAUUUUAUUUUAAUUUGAUUUGAUUUGAUUUAAAUUUACUUUAUUUUUGUUUUUGUUUUCCUUUAUCGAAUCGAAUCGGAUACCUUUUUUAUAUUCUUAACUUUUCGUGUUUGCAUUGUUUACACCUUUCUCUACGCGUUCUCACAUCCCCUUUUUAUCUUCAUUUUUAUUUUACUGUUGUUUCCUAAUUUCCGCAUUCUCCCUUCUAAAAACUUUUCCUAUGUCGGCUCUUCCUUCUCUUAUCGCUGAAACUAAGCUUGAUGAAAAAGCAGUUACAGGGGCCUAUCAUCUUGAACCUUCUUCCUACCCUUCUUUCUUCAAAAAAUGCGUCCAAGCUAUCCAAUCCCCCGGUAAACAACACAAUAUCUGCUCCUCUGCCCCUACUCAACAAGUAUUUGAAGACGAAAAAUUUCUUCGUAGUUCGUCUUCCUUAGAAGGUCUCAGCGCUGAAUACAAAGUCAAGUAUGGCACCAAUGGGGCUAUCGUCGAGUAUGAAAACAUUCGAGAUUACAUUGAUCAAAAACGUCCUAAUCUUACUGGCCGUAUCUUCGAUAAGAUAACUUCGCUAGCUGGUACUAGCUUUGUUUUCAUCCUCACCCUUAUUAUUCUCAUCAUUUGGGCCAUUGUAGGAGGCAUCUAUCAUGGCCCUGAUAAUUGGCAAAUUGUCAUGCAAGACGGCGGUUCCAUCCAAUGCUACAUUUCUGAUACGCUUUUGAUGCGCCAACAGCAAAAUCAACACAGUCAAUUGACCACUAUGAUCGCCCAGUUGCGUUCACGUUUAAGGACUAUCCGGCGGCUCAUUGGUCCCAUCCUCCAAGGAAAAACAGUCGCUUCAGCUCCGAUAAAAGAUCAAGAUUUGCGGGACGACGUUGGCGAUGCUCGAAAACUUCCUACUGAAAAUUGGUUUGAUCUUGUCUGUAACUAUGUAAGUUUGAUCAUCGGUUCUGUGUAUUUUUUUCUGAUUUUUUGGAUUGGUAUUUUUAUUUGGAUUGGAUUCGGCAAGAAGCUGAACUGGAGUGACGAAUGGCAACUUUACAUCAACACAGCUACUGCGGUAGAACUUACAUUCACCUCUGUAUUCCUUCAAAAUGUCCGUCAUCGUCACAUGAAAUACAUUUCUCGUUGCGUCUCUUCCAUUUUCCACAUUGACGCCGCCUUGGAAGAAGCACUUCGCAGACAAUCAGGAGAUCGUCAAACGAAUCCCGUGAUUGAGAUAGAGGCUGAAAAAGUCAGCCACGGCUCUCGUAUCAUUGAUUAUUAUGCCGACCUCGUUGGAUCAGGCGUCGGUGCCAUGAUCAGUGCUACUGUCUUUAUAGUAUGGCUAGCCAUUGGUAAUGUCAUGCACUGGAAUUCAAAUUGGUGGUUAAUUAUUGGUACCUAUACAGGUCUCAUUGGGUUUUUGGAUGGUUUUGUUCUUCGUAAUGUUUAUUUUCGUGAAAAUAAUCAUGUCAAAAUUCAUCUUCAGACCUUAAUUGAUGAAGAAUGUUCCCUUUUUCAAAGUCUCGAUCUUCCUCUUCCUCACGAUUCCGAAAUUACCUUAAACAAAUCUUUUGCCUAUAAAUUAAGUUCCUUCAUUGGACACAUUUGCUCGCAAGCGUAUUCCGUCUUCGUGGCCGUUAUCAUCAUCGUCUGUUUGGUUGUAGCUGCUGGCGCCCUAAAAUUUAAUGAAACUGCUCAAUUAUUUUGCAAUACCCCUACCAUGAUUAUUGAAGGAGCUUUAUUGAUUGUCCUGAUUGAGGCACACAACUUCACCAAUAUGAAAAAUCGCAUCAAAUUUCGUCAAAUCCAUCUUCGACACCUUGCACUCAUGCAAGUUAUGGUAGGAGACGGUUAUUCUACUAGCGAAAGUGUAUAAAAAACCAUCAAAUUUUUCUUAAUUUUUUAAGAUAGAGUAAUAACCCUUUAAAUGACAAGAAAUGAGAUAUGAAUGAACUAUAUUCUAGC